AUGACUGACGUUCCUCUUCCUGAAUGCCUUCCAAAGCCAGAAGAACCUAAAGCACCAGCCCCUGCACCUCAGUUCCAGCAAGUACCUCCGAAUUACUACCAAUUUCCACCUCAAGGUUACUACCCACCACAAGGCUUCCCGAACUACCCUCCUCAGCCUAUGCCUUACUUCCCCAACCCUUGGUUGUUCCAGCAAGCUCCACCCCAGCAAUUCCAAUCUCAGUCCAAGAGAGACCAAGACUUCGAAGAAGGUCUGAACCGCUUACGCAAAGAGUAUGCUACAGCUCCAAUUGAGAGAAAGUUGUUCCCGGACCAAAAAAUAUAA